AUGGAGGAAGGGAAGGACAGAAAUAACAUUGGCGAACGGAUCAAAGCAAAGAUCGAAACUCGCACAAGAAUCCAAUGCGGCAACCUGGAGUUAGAUAUCACCGAGGCAGUGGCCGACAGGAAUGUUCAGGAGCAACAGGUAGAACGGGCAAGGACACCGUCGCCAGACCGGGACAUCCUGGAGCUGCACCCGAAGGACACGGAGGCGCAAGCGGCGGAGGCACAGGCAGAGGGAGCGGCAGCAGGCCAUGAGACGGAGGCACGCCCAGACUCACAAGCACCACAAGCGGAGUUAUUCACGAACGAGAUGGGGUGGAUCUUACCAAGGGAUGCAACGAUGUCCGCCAGGGCGGUCGACGAGAUUAAAGAAAGAUGGAACAGAAGGAGAAAGGGAAAGCAGCAGAGCAUAUUGGUAAAAGACGAGCGAAAGACGUGGAAGUUUUUUGCUUAUCCUCUCCAUUGUUCCAACAGCAAAUUGGGCAACAGUACCGACAGAACUUCCGCGGUAUUCAAGGAAUGGGACUACGAAAACCCGGCCACAGUGUUUGUGGCGAGCAGGAACAUAAAGGGCAUUUCGGUGAACAGGAGCCGACUGGAGGUGCCCGAACUGUCCGAUGCCAUGGACCGAAGGUGCCAGCACUUGGCCCAUGACGACAACACCCAAAUCCUCAGCUGGACAAAGCCCGUGGAGGAGAAAAAUCUCGAAGGCUACUUUGUCUACUGGUGCAACAAAACCACAUGCCAGGCGGACUCAACCACAGAGCUGAAGUACGAUUUAUCCGACAUGAGUCCGAAUCGAAUGGCCGUGGCGGCCAAUUAUGGUGCUGACAAGAGUGGCGGCAUGAAGUGGUUGCACGAGGACCAAGUGGGGGUCACCGGCAGGAUCCGGUAUGUGGAGGGCAUCCUUGCCCUGCUGGUGCUCGGUGUCUUCUUCCUCGGCGUCCGGAAGCUUCGGAAUAUGGCGAAGAUCGAUGUUAAAGUGCCCCCGGGAGUGCUGAUGCCUAGGGCGCCCUUCGACCCUGACCAGUCUCCGCUCAUACAACCCUAUCAGGGAAUUCCGCAUCCGAGAAUGCUCUAUUCAGACCUCAAGAAGACGGAACCCCCCGACGAUUACCCCGAUGUGCAGAUUGAAGUGGAGUUCGAGGUGGAGGUGGAGGAGGGGGAGGAGUCACAGGAACCAGAGCCAAUGGCACUGCCCUGCGGAUAUGUGUCCAAUGGAUAUGUGACCAUGAACACAGCAAAUCCCAUAUUGAGCGAUGGAUACAUUAAGCCACCGCCUCCGCGAUGACAUUUAGUCUUGUGGCGUUACAGUACUUACGCAUCGCUAUCAAUCAAUCAAUCAUAUUCACGCAAUCAUCCAGAGUUCCGCUGAAAACGUUUCUUAACUAUUUUCUUUAUCACAUCCUGGUAUUAUAAUUUAUUUGAGGCGUGAAACCCACCAACAACCCUGUAAAGCUUAUGUAUUUAUAUUCCUGAUCACCCAUUACAUAUCAAGUGACUAUGUAUGUAUAUAACACAACAGCUAGAGAAUUGAA